AUGGCCCCCACCGCUUCAAUUCCCCCGCAAGCACGCGCUCGCCAGUUGCGUGCGUGCCUCCUUUGCUCAAUUGUCCAAACACCCCUCGACUUCCGGCGGAAUGGGUGUCCGAAUUGUGAAGAGCUUAUGCAGAUGAAAGGCUCGCCGGAUCGCAUCCAGGUCUGCACGACAACGUACUACGAUGGCAUCAUCGCCGUGAUUGAUCCCGAGACGAGCUGGGUAGCAAGAUGGCAGCGAACAUCAAAAUAUGUACGAGGGAUAUACGCUGUACGUGUCAAAGGUCGGAUACCUGAAGACGUGGAAGCGGAGUUGGAGAGCCGAGGAAUCAAGUAUCGUCCGCGCGACCAGACAGAACAGGAUUGA